UGAAGAGCUUUGGGGUUCGUGCGGCCCUUUGGCAUCCCACUUGCAGUCUGGGUAAAGCGUCUGCUCUUUGUACUAUCAAUUCCUUGAACUCAGAUGGCAUAUUCCAUCCAGACACAUCAUAAUAAUAAAUCGGGUUGUGCAUCGUAUGAGCAGAUUCCAUUUCAUCUACAUUCUGAGCCAUUGCUGAGCGGCAUAUACCCAACCCUGUCCUGGCAGCGUACGGCUCAAGACAUCCCAUCAGGACCGAAUGAUGCUCAGUCAGUGAGCACUCGCAGCUGUCUGGAUACAAGCGCGCCAUCUUCUGCUCAAACAUUGUCCGUGCCGGCUGUGGGCAAGAACUACCCCGAAUGACCUGCUUUUUCUCUAGCGAUGACUGCCCUUGGCGUCUCCGGGUAACUACUUGGCUCUCUUCGUUCGUUCUGCAGGCUCGCUCCACGUCCCUUCUGUGAAGGGUCUCUCCGGUGUGCACGGUGACGCCAGCGCGCCCGCGGGCCCGGGUUUUCCGCCCAACGGAGCCGGUGUCGGGUUUCCGCUCCUCCUGGAAUCCCGCCGCCAGCCUUCCCUCUGGAAUGCUCAAAAUGGAGCCUCUGGCCGCUUCUCCUUUAAAGUACUCGGGGCCCAAAGCGAAGGUCUUUGCCGUCUUCCUGUCUAUGGUUCUCUGCACAGUAGUGCUCUUUCUGCUGCAACUCAAGUUUCUGAAAACGAGAAUCAACAGCUUUUAUGCCUUUGAAGUGAAGGAUGCAAAAGGAAGGACCGUUUCUCUGGAAAAGUUUAAAGGAAAAGUCUCGCUAGUUGUAAACGUGGCUAGUGACUGCCAACUCACACACAGAAAUUACUUAGCGCUGCAGGAACUGCACAAGGAAUUUGGGCCGUCCCACUUCAACGUCCUGGCUUUUCCGUGCAAUCAGUUUGGAGACGCCGAGCCACGCCCAAGCAAGGAGAUAGAAUCUUUCGCGAGAAAGAACUACCGAGUAACCUUCCCGUUCUUCCACAAGAUUAAGAUUCUAGGAUCUGAAGCAGAGCCUGCGUUUAGAUUCCUCGUUGGUAAAUAUCCAUCUUGCCUCUCCGAUGUAAUGUUUUCAGUCGCCUUUCGAUUCUGA